UGUUAGUACCCUUAUAUAUGAUAGGAACUCCACAUAGAGCACAACACCACAUCACAUAAAUACACUAAGUAAAACAUAAAUAAAAUAGCUUAGCUAUGUUCGUACAAUGUCCUUCCGCUUUUGGAGGAUCCAACAUCUAUUCAAUGGACGGCGAAUGGAGUAAGCGAAGCCAGAGUACGGAGUAUUCAAGCAAUGUGUGGGAUGAGUCGAUGGUCAGCACCGAGUCCUGUUAUGGGCCAUCCUGUCGCCUGAAGUUCGCCCUCCUGGAAUACAAACAGUUCAAGGCCGCCAGGAUGAUCCAGUGCCAUGUGAGGGGAUAUCUGACCAGAAAAUGCCUCGACCGGCAGGCCAAGGCGGCCACCACGAUCAGCAGAUGGUGGCGCGGCUUCUGGGUCCGCCGCUUCAAGUUCGCUAGCAUCCAGCAGCAUCUGCAGCAGCAGAUCAUGCAGUACCACCAUGACAUGGCCACCAAGAUCCAGGCCCUCUUCCGCGGCUGGAUGACGCGCCAGUACUUCCAGGACUUCCAGGGCAUGAAGUCGCUGCGAAUGCAGUACGCCGAGGAUAUGCUCAGCGCGCUCUACAGGAACUUAUACAAGAUGCGGAAGGAUCAUAUGCUGCCGGGCAUCUACGCGCUGCGAGAAACUGACUUGCUAACAAAGAUCGAGGACCUGUCUUGUACUUUUGGCUACCGCUUCCAUAACGGACGUGUCCGAGCGGCCAUUGCCAUGAAGCGAGCCUUCAUCAACGACAGGCGAGAAGAGUUCGUGAGGUCCCGUACCUAUUCCAAAGCACCUUAUCCGGGACCCUAUUCAGAGAACCUCCCCACCACUGAAUUCACCUUGCCCAAAAAGAUUGGCCCGCGAUUGCAGCGAACGAUCUUGGUGUACGACAAGUCCAUGAGGGAUAAGCACGUGGAAAAGGUUUACAUGAACUAUUCGACCAAACGUCGUAUCAGCAUGAAUGUCCUGCGUGAGAGUAAGCGCAAUCGUUUCUGCAAGGACUUCAUAAGGCGUAUCAUGGCCAAUAAGAAUAUGGCUCGCAAGCAACUUGAGCGCAAAAUGAUUCAGAUCUUUCUAGACGAUCUUCUAACGGCCGCCGAUGAAUACAAUUGCUUCUGCAAGCCCAGGUUCACAGUGGAUAGUUUGUGCCAAUAGGUUGUUUUAGCACUGGAUAGUUUGUUAUAAAACCGGGGAAGUGCUGGUACAACCUAUUGGAACAAUUAAUCUCUUAUUCAUUCCAUGUCUGACAAACUGUGAAUUUGUCGCAAA